GUUCAGAAAAAAAUUGAAAACCAAAAAAAAAAAAAAAUCACUUUGUUCAAGAUUUACGAAUGUGAUGUAGUGUUAUCAACAAAGUAAUUAAACAUGAUAUCAUUUGGAAUAAUGACGGUAUUACUCAUGGCAAUGACAUGCGUAGUUCACUAUGACCUAUUGGGCUUGUUUCGGAUUCAUCCAUACCGACAGCGCAUCGUGUACACUGACAACGAACGACACCAACACCGGCCCACGUCCGAGUUCGACCACCUGUGGAUACCGAGACCCGGCACGGACCCGACCAUAUCCUAUUCGCUGCUGCAGCCGAUCAUCGUGUACGAUCAUGGUAGCGACGGCGAUGGCUAUUGGACAGACUCGGACGACAAUAAUUAUGACGACGGCACCCAUAGUAAUCGUGGAACCACCGGUAAUAGGCGUUCCGACGACCAGGUCCAUCGACACUGGCCUGCACCAGAUACCGAAGUUGCAGAAAGCAUUCUCGCGACUAGCACGACCGAGGUACCGAAUGUCCUCGAGGACGACGACGAAAACGACGACAACGAUUACGUCGCUCCCGGACAAGAGUGGGACGAUGACAUUUUUUGACGUAUUUCCACAGCGUAUGUGAGAAAUAUUCAUGAUUCACACUGACGUUCCUAUACAUCGCUAUAAUUUAUUAAUAUCGAUCCAGUAGUUUUUAAUACAUAUAGGUGAGCUGUACAACAUAUAUUUGUGAUCCCCAUAGAAGAUACGAUAUUGAUCUUAAAGAAUUUUCCGCAAAUUUUGUAUUUUAUGUACACAUAUUAUAUUAUAAUAAUUGUAUAUUGUCUACUUGUGCCGCUUAUUUUUAUAAUACUCAUUAAUAAUAAUAAAAUACAUAGGUAUAGGUAUAAAAUAUUAAGUAAGACCAGUAUAGGUUAUUAGGCGAGUUAUUAUAUUUAUAAACGUAUUCAAUCUUUAUAUAUGUAUUUAUUGACUAUUGAGUUCUGCUUAAUAUGAUCACUGGUUUAUA